AUGGGUUGUGGCCCAUCGAGCCCACGUCAGCAGCCAUCGACGGAGCUAAGUGAGUGAUUGAAAGGGGUCUUCUUUGGGUUGAAGUUGACUUGAAGUGCUCCAUUUAUCUUUACCCUUCCCUUUAUCAUCGCAAAUCCUAGAAAAGAACUCGUUACGUGCUUCCUCGUCGAGCCAGAACAACAACUCGGCAUCCGGAGACAAGAAAUCGUCAAAGGAUGCUUCGGGCACAUCCUCGACGAAGCACUCGAAGAAACGACGGAGCAAGAAGCAGCGAUCUCCGUCGCCGCAGCCGCAGCUCAGUGAGAUUAUCCGCCUCUUCGCACUCUCCUUCUUCACUUCCUCUAAGCUUGUGUGCAUGUGCGUCAGUGCCCUUCCUAGGAACUUGCACCAUCACUAACUUUGUAUUUUAAAAAUAGAAAACCACUUGUCACGUAUCUUCUUCCGACUCACCCGGAAAUUCGUCCAAUUUCCGUCAAAUGACGUGCCUUCGAAACGCGGCUAUUUGCAGCGAUAAAAUCGGCGAUUCUCAUCCAGAAAUGGUACCGUCGGUGCGAAGCGCGACUGGAAGCGCGUCGCCGAGCCACAUGGCAAAUCUUCACCGCUCUCGAGUACGCCGGAGAACAAGAUCAGCUGAAGGUAUCAUCCGGAAGCGAAUUGAAAGGGAGCACAAGGGUUUUCAGUUGUACGACUUCUUCGCCGACGUCAUCCGGGCGAUGGCAGCUGAAAAUGGGAAGAAUGAGAACGGACGCGACUCGCCGCUGAUGAGCGCCCUUUCUCAUUACGCGAAGCCGUCGUUGGCGGCCUCUGAAGGCGAAUCGAUACGGAAAAUGUUGGAAGACACGUCGCCAGCCAACAUUGAGGUGGACAGAAAUUACAAGGUCUGAUAGACUAUUGGAAGAAAAAAGCGGCAAAAACGAGCUAUUUUGCAGGGUCCGAUCCUCACUCUGCCUCUUGACAAACCGCAAAUCGCAAAGAUGAUCGAGGCAUUCAAAGUGAACAAGGUGCUCCAUCCCAAGUACGUGCUCAUGAUUCUCCAGGAAGCGCGGAAGAUCUUCAAGAGCAUGCCGUCAGUCUCCAGAAUAUCCACCUCCAUUUCCAAUCAGGUACUCUUCCAAUCUUGCAGCAUAUUUUGAACCUCGAGGUUUUAGAUCACAAUUUGCGGAGACUUGCACGGAAAGUUCGACGAUCUCUGCAUUAUUCUCUACAAAAACGGCUAUCCGUCGGUCGACAAUCCGUACAUUUUCAACGGCGACUUUGUGGACAGAGGCGGUCAAUCCAUCGAAGUUCUGUGCGUUCUCUUCGCGCUCGUCAUCGUCGAUCCCAUGGCGAUUUACCUGAAUCGCGGCAACCACGAAGAUCACAUAAUGAACCUGCGAUACGGGUUCAUCAAAGAACUGUCGACCAAGUACAAGGACCUCUCCACUCCGAUCUGCCGUCUUCUCGAGGACGUCUUCUCGUGGCUUCCGAUUGCGACCAUCGUCGAUCGUGACAUAUUUGUGGUGCACGGAGGCAUUUCGGAUCAGACGGACGUGGAGAAACUCGAAAAGAUUCCACGUCAUCGGUUUCAGUCGGUGCUCCGACCGCCCGUCAACAAGGGCGUGGAGCAGGAGAAGCAGGAGAACUCGGCGGUGAACGUGGACGAAUGGAAGCAGAUGCUCGACAUCAUGUGGAGUGAUCCCAAGCAGAAUAAGGUGAGCGGCGGGAGAAGAGAGACGGUGAGAAGACGUUGUUUGCAGGGCUGCUGGCCGAACGUCUUCCGUGGCGGCGGUUCGUACUUUGGCGCCGACAUCACCGCCUCGUUCCUCGAAAAGCACGGCUUCCGACUGCUCGUCCGCUCGCACGAAUGCAAGUUUGAAGGCUACGAAUUCACGCACAACAACACGUGUCUCACUGUGUUCUCCGCCUCGAACUACUACGAGACGGGCAGCAAUCGGGGCGCCUAUGUCAAGUUUAUCGGCAAGUCGAAACAGCCGCACUUUGUGCAGUAUAUGGCGAGCAAGACGCAUCGGAAGUCGACGUUAAGGGAGCGAUUGGGCGUCGUCGAAGAGUCGGCGGUGAAGGAAUUAAAAGAGAAGUUGAGCUCGUUCCACACCGAACUGCACAAAGAGUUUGACAAUGUGGAUGUGGAGAAUACAGGUACUGUUCAUUCAAGACGAUGUGGCUCAGCUACCUGAAUAGAUAUCAAAAAGUGACCAACUAACAAACUGUUGAUGAAGACAUUGUGUACAUUUCAUCUGUUGACAACAUUUUGAUAUCUCUACAAACAACUGGAAUACAUCUACUUUCAGGCAAGCUCCCGAUUCUGAAAUGGAGCGAAUGCGUAGAGCGAAUCACCGGGCUCAACCUGCCGUGGAUAGCUCUUGCUCCGAAAGUCUCCAUUCUCAGCGAAGACGGAAAGUACGUGAUGUACAGGGAAGAUCGGAAGAUCGCCCAGGUCGGAGGGACGCAUGCGCAGGAAAAGGAUAUUGUCGAGUCGCUCUAUCGGCACAAAAGCACUCUGGAAACAUUGUUCCGAUUCAUGGACAAAGACAACUCGGGACAGGUCUCGAUGCAAGAGUUCAUCGAUGCUUGCGAGGUAUGAAUACUACGAAUAUUAUCCGUUUCUAAGUGAUCACUCCUCGUUCAGGUCCUCGGAAAGUACACAAAACGUCCGCUGCAAACCGAUUACAUUUCGCAAAUCGCCCAAUCGAUCGACUUCAACAAGGACGGCUUCAUCGACUUGAACGAGUUGCUGGAGGCGUUCCGACUCGUCGACCGUCCCGCCAGAUAG